AUGAUAGAUGAUAGUCGAUUCACCAGAAUUUUGGGAUCUGUUGCGCUGAUUCAGGGUGAUCAACGGAUUGAUCUCAGUGUCUCUCUUCAGUUCACUGGUCACCUAUGGAGUAGUCUCCAGCAAUACCAGUUAGAAUUGUUCGAAUCUGGUGGGCAACGAACUGGGGCUGUGGCCGAGACAACCAACUGGGGCUGA